AUUGAUUAUGGUAAUGAUCUCGUAUGGAGAAUAUAUGGCUACUCCACUCCUUUAGAAGAAUAUGUUUUUUUAAUUUUGCUUGUGCAAGCAGUAUCCUCGUGUAACGCUUCGGUUUCAAAUCAGUGGUUUUGCAGAUGUCUUUGAUGUUGACUACUUCAUUCAACAGAUGAAUGGCUUCAUCAAAGUUGUCAAAGAGUUGCCGUCCGAUAUUUCAUAUAAAGAACCCUUCCAUGUAGAUUGCAGCAAACGCAAAGGCCAAUUUGAUUACAUCGAAAGUGUUCUUCCGUCGCUACUAGAGCAUCAUUACAUUUCAAUCACGCCAGCAAUGAGCCAAAGAAGGGAUAGGUAUCCUCAGUAUGCAAAAGCUUCCCUUUGUCAAGCUUGUUACAGUGCAUUACGCCUCACCAAAUCCCUGGAGAAGAAAGCCUCCGAGCUUCUUGAAGCCAUACCUAAACCUUUUCUAUCACUUCACCUUCGGUUUGAGCCUGAUAUGGUAGCUUACAGUCAAUGCGAAUACCCAGACCUUUCUUCUGCCUCCAUGGAAGCCAUUGAAGCAGCACGGGGGCAUAGAAAACCAUGGACUGGAGAGGUGGCCCAAAUUUGGAGGAAACGAGGGAAAUGCCCUCUUACACCUAAUGAGACAGCCUUCAUACUUCAAGUGCUUUCCAUCCCAACAACCACAAACAUUUAUCUGGCUGCUGGGGAUGGUCUGAUGGAAAUUGAAGGAUUAACAUCUGUUUACACCAAUGUAUUUACCAAGUCUAGCCUUCUUAGUGGUGAGGAUUUCAAAAGCAUGCAUGGGAACACAAAAGCUGCAUUGGAUUACUACGUUUCUAUCCACAGCGAUUCGUAUAUAGCAACAUAUUUUGGAAAUAUGGAUAAGAUGGUUGCAGCAAUGCGAGCCUUUAAUGGCUUGUACAAGACUCUUUUCUUAAGCAGAAGAGCUUUUGCAGAAUUCACUUUUCAAGGUUUGAGAGGGAAGGAAUUGAUGAACGCUCUAUGGAAGGCCCACAGAGAUGAUUUUGCCAUGGGGAGAGGAUCUGCUUUGCCUCAUUGCUUUUGUGAGUUCAAAUUAUGAUUUCAGAUCCCAAUUUGGUCUUUGCUUCCUUCCUGUUGUUUUUUUUUUACCCUUUAAUUCAUUUGUGUAAUUGCUAUUACUAAUGUACUAUACAAGAACCUUUCUGGAUGCCCGUCUCUCCUACCCUGGAAUUUGGUAGGAUCAGUAUGUUCAUCAAUGUAGACAGACACCAACUCUUGAUCAAAAAAAUUAAAAUUAAAAAGGA